UAGCAAAUAACGGACGUGGUUGAAGUUUGUAAACCGAGGCGUCAGCCGAGGUUUAUAUUCAACCAAGUCCGUUAUUUGCGUAUCGGCCGUGUGUCGUUCAAGAUUUUUCGUCAUCCCAUUAUGUGGAAAUUAUAUAUUUCGACUUCAUAAAGAUCCAUCUUUUCGCAAUACUUAAAUAUAAUAAUUAUCUUGAUCAUGGUAUGCUUAUGGUCACAUGUUAGCGGUUGUCAUGGACGCAACUACUGAAAAAUAAACAAUUCGUUAAAAACGCGUGCUGAGAAGCUCUACGACGGUUUUCCAAAAAUAUGGACGUAAUUGAAGGAAAUAUCAAUAUUCCUCCAGACGUAUUAGCAGACUCCAUGGCUGCAAGUGUCGAUUUGCUACCAGAAAAGACCAGGGAGCGAUAUCAAAAAGAAUACGAAGAUUUCAAGGAAUGGCUUAAGAUUAAGAGGAUCAAUUUAGUAAAUGAAGACGUGUUAUUAGCGUACGUAAAGGGAAAAUCGGAAAUGUACUCGCCCAAUUCAUUAUGGACAAAAGUUUCAAUGUUGAAACUCACUUUGAAGGUAUAUGACAACAUUGACAUUUCAAGAUUCGGAAAAUUAUUCGCCUUUUUGAAACGAAAGUCUGAAGGUUACAGACCAAAAAAGUCUAACAUUUUGUCUGAAGAGCAAGUCAUGACAUUUUUAUUGGAAGCUGAUGAUGGUGUAUGGCUCCUAGAAAAAGUCAUCUUAAUAUGUGGAAUAUUUGGCGCUUGUAGGGGUGAUGAGCUUUUGAAGUUGAACGUGGCUCCUAGAAAAAGUCAUCUUAAUAUGUGGAAUAUUUGGCGCUUGUAGGGGUGAUGAGCUUUUGAAGUUGAACGUGGAGGACUUUGAAGACACCAACAAAAACGUAAUAGUUACAUUGCGGAUCACAAAAAAUAAGAAAAGCAGAGUGUUUCUAAUUCCGAAAGAAGGACUUCCCUUCAAUGCGUAUCAGUUAUACCAAAAAUACGCGGAAAAACGUCCUCAAAAUUUAGAAACUCGGCGAUUUUUCAUUGUCUACCGCAAAGAAAAGUGUGUUAGGCAGGUUGUGGGCAUUCAUACCAUUGGGGGUGUUCCCAGGAAAAUUGCUAAGUUCUUAAAAUUAAAAAACCCAGAGUUAUACACGGGCCAUUCGUUUCGGAGGUCAUCCGCUACCAUGCUUGCAGAAAAUGGCGGCGAUCUCCUAGCAGUGAAGGAACUUGGAGGCUGGGAUUCAUCUGCGGUAGCGGAGUCGUAUAUUGAAAAUUCUGUUUCGAAGCGAUUAAAAAUCACCAAACAACUAUUUCAAAGGUCCAAUGGAAACUCUGAAAUUACAACAUCCAUAGCCACAGCUUCUUCAUCAAGUGUAACAUCAACAGGUGAUAGUGGUCCUCAAGUUUCCUACGAUGGACUACAGAUUUCUAGCAAUAAUAACUGUCACUUUAAUUUUCAUAUUCAUUAUAAUAAGUAGUUGUUUGUAUUUCAAUAAAAGCAUUAUUUCUUAACGGCCGCAUAUGCGUCCGUUAUUUUUUAACGGACGCCGUCCGUUAUGAAUGAUAUUUCAUUUGUCAAAUG